AUGCUGUUUACCUGCUAUUGUGCAUUCAUACUCGCAAUCACCUUUCGCAGUUCUGACCGAAACCUCUUCAGCGAAGAGGCCAUUCACGUAACUUUAAUUUUUAUUCAACUAUCUGAAGUCUUCUACAUCCUCACUACGACAUUCCUCAAAGUCUCGCUGGGACUUUUCUUCCUUAGGGUUCUUACCAAGAAAUGGCAAAAGCUCAUAUUUCAUGUCAUCCUCGCCAUCAGUGCAACGUAUGGCCUCUACUACGUCUUCAUCGCUCUUUUUCAGUGCGGCGACCCAACACGCCUCGCCGACAGUCUGCUAUCACCGUCUUCCCCUAACUGCCUACCUUCUGCUCUUCUUCUUACCUCGGGCUACCUCUACGGCGUCAUCAAUGUCAUCGCUGAUUGGACAUUUGUCCUGAUCCCUAUCACCGUUCUACUGGACAGCGACCUCGACCGAAGAAGCAAGAUCAGCGUUAGUAUCGUCAUGGCGCUAGGUGCACUGAAUCAGUAA